AUGGCAGACGAACGGGCGUGUGCGCCGCACCUAUCAGAUUUUUACGGUUGUCUGGGCCGGUCCGGGCGGGACCUAUCGCAAUGUGCCCGCGAGCUGGGCGCGCUGCGCCAGUGCAGUGAUGGGGACAAGAAUGAAAACUACUGUGUUGGAGAGCUCACUCGCUUGAUUCGGUGCACAGGAGAGCCCGAUCGCACAGGUUGUGCCAAGGAGUUCAUCGCCUUCCGCGAGUGCCACCGUCCCGGGGGAGCUGAGAUACUCAUCAAGGACAACAUGUACAAGAUCAGCAAGGACCAUAUGCACAAGUACAACGUUACCUCUGAUGUGAUCUGCCCCGCGUCUGCCCCAAAGCGCGACGGGAAGGCCAUACGUGCUGCGUUGGAUAAGCUUCGCGCCGCCUGCGGCUUCAAGAACUACGAGGAGAACUUCACUCCCAAAGUGAAGAUUUGA